UCGUCAGUCCAUUGCAUGUUCAGUUCUCAAAGCACUAACAUGUCCAGGGGUAGAGCGUUGAGACCGUGCCUGGCUUUGGCCGUCAUUUUCGCGGUGGUUGCCAUCACUUCCGCAAGGGAUGUGAGGAACAAGAGGGACCUGGAAGUAGCCGCUUCCGGUCAUCACGGUCAUCACGGUCAUCACGGUCACCAUCACGAGCACGGUGGUGGUCAUCACCAUCAUGGCCAUCAUCAUCAUGAACAUGGUGAGAAGGGUGGCAAGGGGUACCACCACCACCACCAUCAUGACAAGGGUGAUCAUGGUCAUCAUGGUAAGGAGCACCACGAGGGUCAUCAUGAAGAGCAUGGUGGUCACAAGAAACAUCAUCAUGAUGAACAUGGUGAUUAUGGUGAGCAUCAUGAGAAGGGACAUGGACAUAAGGGCGAGAAACAUGGGGGAGAGAAAGGUCACAAGAAGGGCGAAAAGACCCAUGGAUACCACAAGAAGGCUCACAAGGAUGAAUUCCACAAGGAACACAAGUUCUACGAUGACCAUCACAAGGGCGGGCACCAUGAGAAGCACGGUCAUCAUCAUGGACAUCAUGGACACCACGAGGGUCAUCACAAGAAGGGCGGUCAUCAUCAUUCUGGUCAUCAUGAGCAUCAUCAUGGCAAGAAGGGACAUCACGAUCAUGGUCAUCACGACGAGGAUCAUCAUGGUCAUCAUGGCAAGCAUGGACACGAACAUCAUCAUGAGCAUCAUGAGGAUCAUGGCCACAAAGAUCAUCAUCAUCAUGGCAAGCAUCACGGAUUCUCCAGCGGCGGCGGUCAUCAUGGUCAUCAUGGUCACCAUGGUCAUCAUGGACAUCACCAUUGAUGACACUACUGCUGAAUAUCAGUACAAGGAAUGUCGUUGUUAUUUGUUGAUUUUUGUUCUGUUGACUAUUGUUAGGCACCAUCACUUCGGGAAAAUUUACCCUUGUUGAUUUUAUUAAUUAAACGACAGAAAAUAUUUAC